AUGUCAUCGAGUGAAGAAGCAAAAGAUCCAGCAAAAACUUCAAUUAUAAAUUAUGUCGAAAACUUUAUUGACAAACGCAAUAAUGAUUUACGUACAACCAUGGACGAUGAUGAUAAUGUUCCAUUGACACAAGGAAUCGAUCGAGAUUCAAUUGUUAUUAAAACUAGUGUAGAUGAUUUUGCGCGUCAAAAUUUAGGUAGAGCUUCAUCAGAAUUGACUGACAUUGAUGCUGAUGAACUUAAUCUUGAUUCAGAUCCGAUUGUUGAAACACACGAAGCUGAUCAACAAGUCUAUAAACAACAAGUUUAUUUACGUCAAUAUCAACCACCGACACCUGAACCUAUUGAGAUUCAAAUUCAAGAAGUAGUUGUUAAACCUAUACCACAACGUCCACCAAUUCAUGUAUAUGUUGGACCUACUUCAGAUAGAGAUGCACAACGUACUCCAUCACCUAUUCUCAUCAAAAGUGCUCCACCACAACCAGAACCUUCUUCAAGCGAACCGAUUGUCUAUAAUAAAUAUGUUCCAGUUGAUUAUAAACCACCACCUCAACAAAUCAUUAUUCAUCGUUAUCCCGAAAUGCCACCGAAACCUCGACCUAUUGUUAUUGAACAAUGGCUUCCGAAUAAACCCGCACCAAAACGUGUAACCUAUCGCUCGAUCAAUCGUGAUGAGUUUCUUCGAAGUGAGACUGAACGACAACAUAAUCGUUUUAUUGAAUAUACAAAACCACAUACAACAGUUGAACUUGAAAUUGUUCGUUUACCAGUAAUUAAAUUAAAACCAGAAGAAUAUCUAAAUCAAGCAGUGGAACUUGCACAAGUUGAUAAUAUUCGUUUACUAGCAAACGAUCCAAAUAUACUUCAAUGGCGCAUUUAA